GUAUGUUAUGCGUACAGAAAAUGGUUAACUUCUAAUUCAUUUUCUGAAUCUACUUGCAACAGAUCAUGUAGCUCCCUCUUGCUCACCAAAUAGCUACUUUGAAUGUACCAACUUGGAAUGUAUCCCCAAAGAGAACCUUUGUGAUCUUCGACCAGACUGUCUUUUUGGAGAGGAUGAGGAUAAUACAAUUUGUGGUCACAUUCCGUAUGGGGCCAAGUGUGACUUUGAAUCUGGACUCUGUGGAUGGUACAACAUUGUGGGCCUAGACCAUCAGAAUUGGACCAGGCAUCAUGGAUCAACCAAGUCUACAGGAACAGGACCUAGUGUGGACCAUACUUUGGGAACUGAAGAAGGUUACUACUUUUAUUACGAGACAUCAGGAAUUGGAACAGGUGAUGAGGCAUACAUGAGGAGCCCGGUGUUUGAAGCUCCGCCCGCUACUACCAGAAAUAGGACCAAUCCCAUGUACAAGGCAUGCAAGUUUCGCUUUGCGUACCACAUGUAUGGUAUGGAGCCUAGCACGCUGAAAGUUUUUGCCAUCUCUGCAGAAAAUCCAGACAUUUCAAGUCAACUCUUUAGCGAGUAUAAUAGGGACAUCGAUAGAUGGAUAGAAAUUGUUCAGCCAAUGCCUGAUGUUAUUUCAGACAGAUACUUUAUACAAAUUGAAGCGACAAGAGGUAGAGGCUGGAAGGGGGAUGUUGCCGUUGAUGAUAUCUCGCUCAGCCCAGAAUGCUUUGAGAAAAACAAUACUUCUGUAGGGUCAACGGCAGGGUACACCAACCCAUGGUCUUCAGGGCCGAGGACUACCAACAUGACAUCAUACCCCACCCCCAGCACAGUUAUGACAGAUCCAACCAACGGAGCAACAACCACUGCCACGACCUCUGUUAAAAAGGAGCCCAUUCCAACCGUUAACUUCACCUUCACAACCUGUGGCACCCAUGGACCUUAUGGACCAACCCAAGCCAGAUGUACUGCAGCCUACCGCUACACUAACCUGACAGUCAGGGUGCUUAAUCAUGAAGAUUCCAUUUCAUUGGCAGGGGUGCAAGUCUGGACGGCACCAGAGACGAGGCUCUACAGUGUAACUGCCUAUGGUGCUAGCGGAGGGGCCGGAGUGGAGAACUCUGGGCCAAGCAAGGCAGCCAAGGUAGACGCCAUCUUUAAUUUGACUGCAGGUGACCAGCUCUUCAUUUUGGUCGGUCAAGAGGGCGAGAGUGCAUGCAGUGAUCCAGAUGUGUUAUUUGCUCACUACUGCACUGUGAAUGUUGAUGAGAAAGCCAGACUGCAGCUGGCUGAGGGAGGCUUGAGUGCAGGAGGUGGAGGAGCUGGUGGAGGAGGAACUUUCAUCGCCCUGAAGAGUGAAACUUCACCCGAGCUGACUCCUCUCUUGGUUGCUGCUGGGGGUGGGGGUCUUGCUUUUAGCCCCUCCCCGUCUACCAGUUAUAGUGAUGGCAGAGUGGGGUCACCAGGCACUGGUGUCUCUAGACAGCAUGGGGUCUCAGCAAGGGAUACCGCUGGAGCCGGAGGGGGCUGGAAUUCUAGCAGGGAUCAUGAGCCUACCGGUAGAUCGUUCCUCCAAGGGGCGACCGGAGGUAGAGAAUGUUUGUUAGCCUAUGAGGACUUCAGAUGGAACACCCAUGGGGGCUUUGGAGGAGGAGGAGGGGCGUGUACCACAGGCAGUGGUGGUGGGGGCUACACAGGAGCAAGAUCCGGUGCGGGUGAGGUUUUGAUUGUUGGUACUAUCUUCUGCCCAGAAGGUUCUUUUAGAUCACCUGAUAAACAGAGCUGUCUAUCCACCACAGCCUCACCUCCUGGAUACUCCUUCCCAGUUUCAAAGAUCAGUAUUAUCAUCAUACUUCUCAUCUUUAUCUUCCUGACCAUUAUGUCAAUCUGUCUUGUGUUCAAGUACAAGGAACACAAGUUGAAAGUAGCAGAGAACAAAAUGGAAGCCAGUUACCAGCUAUCCCAGCUUCGAAACAAUUUUGCUAUUGAUGUCAACCCCUGCUACACAAUCCCAGGAAAAGACAGUCCAGCAACAUCACAUGACCUUAAAGAGCUACCUAGAGAAAAUCUAAGACUGAUAAGUGCUCUUGGACAAGGAGCAUUCGGUGAAGUUUUCCGAGGUGUAUACCAACCUCCUCACCAGAAAUCUGAGAUCGACAUAGCAGUUAAGGAAAAGCCUUCAUCCAUCACGAUGAAAGACCUGCUACAGAUCACCCAGGAUGUAGCUCAAGGAUGCCGCUACUUGGAAUCCAGACGCUUCAUCCAUCGAGACAUUGCAGCCAGGAACAUCUUACUCACCACCAAGGAGUCUGGUAGAGCUGCAAAGAUUGCAGACUUUGGCAUGGCCAGGGAUAUUUACAGGGCUGAUUAUUAUCGCAAAGGAGGACAAGCUCUGCUCCCUGUGAAAUGGAUGCCUCCUGAAGCAUUCCAAGAUGGCAUCUUCACAUCGAAAACAGAUGUCUGGGCAUAUGGUGUGCUGCUAUGGGAGAUCAUCUCCUUAGGAUUCAUGCCGUAUCCUGGGAUGAGUAAUCAGGAGGUGAUCCAGUUUGUAUCAGCAGGAGAGAGGAUGAACCCACCAAGAAGCUGUCCCCAACCUGUAUUUAAUUUGAUGUCCCAGUGCUGGCGUCACAUCCCUGAAGAUCGACCACCAUUCACCACCAUCUUAGAAAGCAUCAAUUACUGCUUACAGGACCCAGAUGUUUUAGAAACACCACUUCCCAAGGUGCUGACUGAACGGAAGAAACAGCUGACAAUCAUGAGACCUCCAGACCCCAAGAGAUCCCCUGUCCUCAGAGUGGAAAGGGUCAUCAGGUCAUGCGAGCCUUCACCCUUCAGUAGCCAAAGGGUGUCGCCCCUCCAUCCCACCCCAUCCCCAACACACCAGCCCACAUGGGUUGGGCAAACGGGGGAAGGGUCAUCCCAACAGGGGCUUCAUCAUCAGGAUGAAGGGAUUGAUAGAACUUACAAUGGGAAGAGGUUUCAGGACCAUUCACCUCUCAACUCGUCUUCGAUACUACUCACCAACAAAUCGUAUGGAUUCAGGAGUCUUGCAAGAGACAUUACAGGAGAUGCUAAAGACAGGACUUGCCAUAAUGGAGUAACUGAGAAUUCAUCACAAAUGAAUAACCUCAGUCCAACCAGGCAUGUUAAUGAAAUAGAACAAUCGAGUGAGAUGUCGACUCUGCUUCACGUAGGGAGAAGCGGGUCUUCAAGAAGUGACUCUCUAAGCGAUAUCCCUGCAGGAAGCAAUCAGGAACCUGGAUGGUAUCCUGAUCCAACAUGUAAACCAAAGAGAUCUGCGAGCAUGUGCCACGGCGAGGCAUCCAGGGAGCACACCAAGUCUCCCUUGACACGAGGCCUCAGCUGGACCCAAAGGCCUCCUCAAUCACAAGACAAUCAAAACCCGCAAGAUACCAAUAUCCAUCGUUCCACAAGUCUUCCUGGUAUCCCGGUCAUCGUGACCACGCCCAACCCUAUGUCGAAGGACAGCAUCGCAUUCAAAUUGCAGCUGAAGACCGCCACCAAUGGCAGCUUCUCUUGGGCUGGAAGCUUGAAGAAAAAAUUGAGCAAAAAGUUGUCGAGGGACUACCGUAAUACAGAUAGCGAACCGCUGGUAAGUGAAGAGAACAUUAUCAACAAACAAUCACAGGAUACGUUUUUAUAGCGCUGGUUAAGAAGCAUUCUGUCAUUUCUUUUGCUUUUACCUGGAAUAUCUGAUGACUCCAAUUCACUCUGGAUGAUUACAGCAUUUGUUAUUUGACCUUUCUGCAAAGACAAUUUAAAUACGGAAAUGUUGAUAUCUGCUAUCAAAGUGCUGUAGAAAUAUAUUUGAAAUUGUUGAUACUCUGUACAUGUUGAUUAACCAUCAUAUGCUGCAUAUCUUAUUUACUCCUACUUUAUAUCCAUAAAUUAAGCUGAUACGUUGAGAUGUGCACAUUCAAUGAACAAAAUAAUGUAUGAUUUUAAAGCACAAAUUGAAAUAUAUGUAUGUUGCAAUAUUACAAAACACAGAAUUAUUAUUAUUCAUAUCAACUUUUUCUACUGUUUUAAUAGAUGAAUUUUUAAUGCUGAUACUUGUUUAUCUUGGAAUAUAUAUGCAAUAACAGAUAAUGAUAAAUCUUAUGUAUAUGUUGGAUUAUUUUAUAUUUAUAUGUAAAUGCUUCAGCCCUGUACGUGAUGUUGCAUUUGCAAGCUAAGAGGGAUAUGGCAAAUCUUGUAUAGACCAGUUUUAGGGGAUCCAGUUUGAUGGACUAUAUACAUCAGGCGAUAAUACUUAAAAUAUUAUUUUCUUCAAUAAAGUCUUUCAAUGACCAAAUCUUUCAAACAAUUUUUUAGUUUCGAUGAUCAGAAUUUUUUUUGUUAACACUAAUUUUCUAGCAACAUUUUGUGUGUGCGCGCCUUAAUAUGAUGUCAAUAAAAACAUUGUAUCGUUUGUAUAUUUUGAUGUAACUGAUCUCUUUGGAAUAUAAAUCAGAACUAUUACCCUGUCAGAAACAUUGAUCAAAUGUACCAUGCACUGAGAGGCUUCUGUUGAAAAUAUGGAUUCUCCAAGAUGACUGCCAUAUAGUACUACUUUCCGAGGGGGGUCAUUUUAAUGGUGCCUCAAAAAAAGGGCACAAUAUAUUUGAUUUACAUUUCUCAUCGAAAUAAGAAAAUAAAGUGUGAACUUUAAAGAAAGAAAUCUUUGUCCAAAGACUCAUGGUGUAUUGCUGGUUAAUAAUAAUAUUAAUAAUAAUAGGAUUUAUAUAACGCCUCUUCUAGAGGAUACAAGGCGCUGUAUUUUUAGUCUAAGGACAAAUUAAAAAUUGUAGAGGUAUUUUUUCAGAUGUUCUUUUUAAGAAAUCAAGCAAAGAUUUGAAGGAUUUGAAGCCAGCUUUUUCAGUUAUGAGAAAGGAAGGAGCUGAUAAAGUUAUGUAAGCAGACAGGGGCUUAGCUAAAGGGAGGGGGUGUAUCAGGAUAUUGUCUGUAAAAUUGCGCUGCUGUCGGUAAAAAAAGAGAAAAGGGGGAGGGGAAAAUGAGAAGAAAAGAAAA